AAUGCUCAGGAUUCAAAAUCGCAUUAAAUAGGAUAAUGCUGAAUUGCUGGCUAUUAUAGAUAGAUGUGCAUGUAUGAUAUUAUUUGAAGUUAGAAAUUAUGAAAGAAGACAGGUUGACUCUUAGACAAAUGAUAAAAGACAAUAAUUCAGAAAUAAUUUCAUUAGUUACAACUUAUAAAAAGAAAAAUGGUAUUAAUAUUCAUAUAAUAUUUUAGAUUUAAGAUUGUUAUAAUAAGAAUUAAGAAAAUUGUUGAAUAAGAUUAAAGGCAAAUAAUAAUAAUAAUAAUAAAAUCAGAUUUAAUUUAAUACUAGAACAUCAAAAGAAAACUAAUUAAAUAUUUCUUAAUCUAAAACCUCACGAACUCCUUCUAGAUAAACUGCAAGUAUUUAAAAAAAUAGAAAUUUUGUAAGUCCACCUAAAAGAUCUUUAAGCAGAUAAACUAAAUAGUCAAUAAUUCCAAAAUAAGAAAACUCUCCAAGAUUUAAUGAAGAUAUAAAAUAAAAUAGUCCUAAUUCCCCAGAAUUUCAUUUGUAUAUAAUUAACAUUAAAUAUUAAGUGUUUCACCAAAUAAAAUUGAAUAAUAAAGAUAAUAGUUGGAAUAAUUUGAAUAAAAACUAAAGCAAUAUACUUAAGGGGAUAACUUCUAAAAAUUAUUUGAUUAAUAAGAAUAUACAAAAAAGAGAGAUGAUGUUGUUCUAGCUAGUUUUUAAAAUGUAUUUUAAUUAUUAUUAAUUAAAUAGUUUACAAUUUAACAUUCAGAACCUGAUAAAGAUUAGAAUAAAGAUAAAGAGGAAGAAUUAUUAUCAUAAAAUCUUCAUAGAAGACAGCAUUCUUAUAUGUCAAUGCCAAAAGAAAUUGGAAUUCAUCAACAUCAUAAUACAGAGAUAAUAGAAAUAAAAUUAUCAACAUAAAUAAAACAAGAACCAUAAUAAACAUUCGAAAAUUCUUAUUAAGAGGUUGGAACUGAUAAUUAAGAGUAUCAAAAUAACCAAAGAUAUGGAUAUGGAAAAUAUAAUUAAGAUAAUAUAAAUAACAUUUAAGUUAAAUAAUAAACUAUAAUUGAAGAAGAUAAUAAAUAGUAUUUUGAAAAUUAAAAUGAUAAUAUUUAUCAAUCUUAAUUAUUAGAUAAAUAUGAAGAGGAUGAAUAUGUUUAAUUUUAAAAUACUUAAAAUGAAAGAUAAUAAACAUAAUAGUUUGUAGCUACUAAUGAUGAAGAUUAAUAUAAACCAGUAAUUACUGAAGAUGAAAUAAUGAAGAAAUAUGCAGAUCUUUUUACAGCACCUGAUUUUUUGAAAUAAUGUAGAGCUACUUGCUAAACUCAGAAAACACUUGAUUCUUUUGCUGAUAGUAGAAGUCUUAAUUUUAUAGUUCCCUGUUAAAGUAUGGUUUGUUAAGAUGUUGAAAUUACUAAAAAAGGAAAAUAUUAAUUAUUAUCAUAAUUAACAGCUGAAUAAAUAUUUGAUGAAAUUUUUCCUGAAUCUUCUUUAUAAAAAAUAAGCAAAGCCUUUUUUAGGUUUAAGAUGGAGGUUGUAUUUUAAUAAUUGUAACAUGAUCCUUCAUAAGAGGAAUUAGAUGAAAUGUUUUAUUAGGUUGAUAUUCAAAGAGAUGGAUUUGUAGAUGUGAAUGAGAUGGGAUAAUUUUUAGAUAGUGUUUGUCCUAAAUAAGAUAGAUAAAUUUAUAAUAAAAUUGAUAGAAGUAAUAAGGGAUAUUUUGAUGAAUAAGAAUUGAGUUAAUAGUUAAAUAAAAAUAUUGCUAAACAAUACUUUUAAGAAUUGGAUUUAUUAAAUACUAAUAAAAUAACAUAUUGGGAAUAUUAUUUAAAGUAAUAUAUACUAUUUAUAUAGACGUACUACAAAUAUUGGACAAUAAGUUAUUAAUAUGAUAUAAAAAAGUUUAGAUUGA